UCUCACACACACACAGGGGAGAGAGAGUCGACUCUGAUAAAAAGGAACUCUCGUAUUGAUCAGACCUUCUCAGUCCGCGCGUCCGUGUUUGUCUCUGUGACUGUGGGGGACGGGACUUUGAUGUAGGCCGACUGAUCACAGAUCAGAUACACGCGCUUCAGAUCCAUAAAGCCACCCCCCCCUCUCCCCGCCUUUGAUCUGCGUGCUGAGGUUCGUCCUCGAGCUGCUGCGGCUCUGUGUUGUUCUGGGCUGGGCUGGGGCAGCAGCGAUGACAUGGUGAGCGGACCGGUGCGGGAAACACACCAGCACACCUCUCACCGGUCUGCUGUCGACUUUUAACAACUUUCAUCAACAGACUUUUGGUUUUUUUUAGCAGCUGCAGGCAACAAGUGGCUCAUCAAAAUGUUCUGGAUCCUUCAACACACCUUCUCACUUCUAAUAACUGUGCAUGUCAUAUAUUCAGCUCUGAUUCCUGUGGGGGCCGAGGAGGAGAUGAGAGAAUGCAGAGAACAGGAGUACAAGGACCGCUUUGGGAACUGUAAACCCUGCAAGCAGUGUGAUGCAGGGCAGGAGCUAUCAAAGGAAUGUGGCUUUGGUUAUGGAGAGGAUGCCCGGUGCGUGCCCUGCCGGAGCAGUCGCUUCAAGGAGGACAGGAGCCUGCAGAAGUGCAAGCCCUGCCUGGACUGUGGACUCAUCAACCGCUUCCAGAAGGGCAACUGCUCCACCACCAGCAACGCCGUGUGUGGCGACUGUCUGCCGGGAUUUUACAGGAAGACAAAAUUAAGUGGUUUUCAAGACAUGGAGUGCAUACCCUGUGGAGACCCUCCACCCCCGUAUGAGCCUCACUGCAGCGGGCGUGUGAACCUGGUGCCGCUGCCCUCGGUGGUGACUAGCCCCCGGGACAUGGCUCUGGCCGCGGUCAUCUGCAGCGCUCUGGCCACCGUGCUGCUGGCCCUGCUGGUCCUGUGCGUCAUCUACUGCAAGAGACAGCUGCUGGAGAAGAAGCCCAGCGCGGCCUCUCUCAGGUCCCAGGACUGUCCGUACAGCGGAGCAGAGCUGUCCUGCCUGGACCCUCGCUGGCUCCACGACUUCCCCCAGAGACCCUGCUGCCAGUGUCACCUGGGCCCCGGACAAACCUGUGGUCCAGUCCACCUGAUCCCAUCUCUGUGCUGUGACGAGAGCUGCAGUCUGGGCCGCAGCCUGGACAACAGUCCCUUCCAGUCCCAGAUGAGCCUCAGUGACGGAAUUACACACCAGGAUGAGGAGGGCGCCCCGAUGCAGCCGGCAGGACGUCCAGAGUCUGGUGGGAUGAGAGUCGAGCUGCCUCAGGGCAACGCUGAACCUGCAGGGAGACUGGAGGGGGAAGAGGAAGAUGGGGAUGAAGAGGAAGGGUGUAGGUCAAGGGAGAUGUCACCUGAGAGGACCAGACAGAGCUACAGUGAAGCUGUGACAGAUGCACUUCUCCCCAAACAGCACGCAUCAAGUCAGGAAGGAUGACAUGGAUUUCUUUGGCUCGUGUUCCACCCUUGAACCACCCUGGACUCAACAACAGCCGUGGCCAGAUCUCGGAUCAGAUUACUCACUAGUCCCCCCCCCCCCCCCCCCCAUAAAGACGAGCCGCAGCCACUCUCUCAAGUGCAGUCACGCCGCCUCUUUGAAAUGCCUGCCGCUGACCUCAGAGCCCCUCCUCAAAGGGUCCAAACUGAAUAUGUACAUACAUGCAAACAAAAGCACUGCUGAGGAAAAACAAAGCAAGAGGGCAAAAGGACACACACACACACACACACACACACACACACACACACACACAGAAUGUGAACUCGCUGGCCCAGAAGGUGAAAUUGAAUGAAGUUCAAACGUCAAGGAGUAUUGAUUUACUACGUGUUGCAUAUUCACAUGUAGGAGAACAUAAAGUGAACCGCAGUGAUCCAGCAGCUGGUGUUAUGAAGCCUUUGUGUGUAAAAGUAACACAUGUGAGGUGUGAAGAAAAGUGUCAAAAGUGAUUAUGUUGCACAUUGAAGACAAUCUUGAUAAUAUGGAACAAUUAAGACGAGGAAUGUUUAAGUGAUGAAUGUGUUGUAGAUACUGUAAAAUAUUAAAUAGGUCAAUAUUUUUGUAACAUAGACAUGACUGACGAUGUGUUUCCUCCCCGUUAUAGUGUUGAUGGUUGUGAUUGGUCACUUCCUCGUAUUGUUUUUGUAAAUAAACCACUUGAACGAGUUAA